CUGUGCAAGUAUUGUUUUCGUGCAAUGAAUAGAAUUGAUGUCACAGAGGACUAGCAUUGGGUGAAAUCCCGAGUACAGAAGUAAUGGUAGAGCAGGGACGAAGCUACAAGGUGAUUGUUAGUCGAUUAUAGCAUGCUUUUGGCCGAUAGUUCGUAUUUGUUUACCAUUUUUCACUGAAACCCAAGUGUCGUCUCAUCUCAAAUAUUACAUUACUCAGCGCGCAAGCUCAUCAUCAUCAUCAUCAUCAUCUUGUGUUGGCGACUUGCCACUCGAUUGACUUACAGCUCCUGGUCUGCAAUCCGAAACUCCCAUCAAUCAAUGCCUGUCCCGUUCAGAUUUCUUUUUAUAUGUACAAUGAGAGUUGGGAUGGGAGAUUGUAUUGAAUGAAUAAAUAAUGAUAAAAGGAAGUGGACAGCUGCGCUAUACUGAUGGAAGGAAAUUGUUGGGUAAGUAAAGAAAAGAAAGAGACGAAAGGAAAGGAAAACAAGUUUUGGAGAAUUUCAGGGGAAGGACUCCCCAGCCUGCGAAAUCUCAGGGGAAGGACUCUCCGGCCACAUAUAAAUACCAUCUCUCCUUUCCUUCAUUAUUCUUGUGCCUUCUCCUCCUCCUUCUUCUCACUAAAUUCUCUGUCUCUCUUCCCUUUCACCGGCAGAGUCGAUCGUUUUCCCGUCGCCAUGACCAUCCUCAUCCAUCAGCCUGACGUUGUGGCGGAAGUGGAGGAGAAGAACGGUGCAGAGGAGGAGGAGUUGGUGCUAGAUGGCGGAUUUGUGGUGCCAAACAUCAACUCUUUCGGCCAGACAUUUAGAGAUUACGAAGCCGAAGGGGACAGACAACCAGGAGUGGAGAAUUUCUACAGGACCAAUCACAUCAACCAAACCUACGACUUCGUCAAGAGGAUGAGACAAGAGUAUGGCCAAUUGAACAGGGUCGAAAUGAGCAUAUGGGAGUGCUGCGAGCUUCUAAACGAUGUCGUCGACGAGAGCGAUCCUGACCUGGACGAGCCACAGAUCGAGCAUCUCCUCCAGACUGCCGAAGCCAUCAGGAAAGACUAUCCCGACGAGGACUGGCUCCACUUGACCGGCCUCAUUCACGAUCUUGGGAAGGUUCUGCUGCUGCCUAGCUUCGGUGAGCUACCACAGUGGGCUGUGGUGGGAGAUACAUACCCUGUUGGAUGCGCCUUCGACGAAUCCAUUGUUCAUCACAAGUAUUUUAAGGAGAAUCCUGAUUACUAUAAUCCUGAUUACAACACCAAGUACGGAGCUUACUCCCCAGGAUGUGGACUCGACAGUGUCAUGAUGUCGUGGGGACACGACGAUUACAUGUACCUUGUUGCUAAGGAGAACAAGACAACCCUACCAUCAGCUGCUCUGUUCAUCAUCAGAUACCAUUCAUUCUAUGCAUUACAUAGAUCAGAAGCAUACAAGCACCUAAUGAAUGAACAGGAUGUUGAAGACCUCAAGUGGCUCCAAGUCUUCAACAAGUAUGAUCUUUACAGCAAGAGCAAAGUCCGAAUCGAUGUCGAGAAGGUCAAGCCAUACUAUCUAUCUCUCAUUGAGAAGUACUUCCCUGCAAAGCUAAAAUGGUGAACCCUACAAAACGUCGGGUUCACGGUGCGCAUCAUGCCAACAGGGAAGAGCAUUUGAGGAUCGACGGAUGCGAAUGCAGAGGAAGUUAUGUCACAAGAAGUAGCAGAACUACUAUAAUGUUGCCCUUUGUUUCAAAUAAGUAGUAGCAGUACUAUUAUAUGUCUGUGUUUUCAUGGCCUCUUUGUAAAUAAUGAGAGAAAAUAUGAGAUAAUGGUGUAGUGUACCCUAAGUUUGGCCUUUAGCCAAUAAAAAAUAAGAACAUUUUGUCAACUGCUCUUGAUUGGGA